AAAUUUCAGCUCCAAAGUUGAAAGGAGUCAAAGUUGCAACGAUACUCUGGGGAAUCGAUCGAAGAGCAGGCAGAGAUCGGCUCCUGUUAGGACAAAGGCCAACCCCUCCACUGGUGCCUCCGUUUCCCUCGUGGGUGUCCUUUCCUCCACCCAAAACAACCGCUGCCUCUCUGCUCCGGACCUGACGGCCGAGAAGCGCCUGGCCUCCCACCAGGCGGCGGCCUCGUUCCCCGUUCUGCCCAGGCAGGAGCGCUCGAUCAGCCCCGAGAGCAACGACAGCAUCUCCGAGGAGCUGAAUCAUUUCAAGCCCAUCGUCUGUUCACCCUGCACGCCUCCCAAGCAGCUGCCGGACGGGCGUGUGCUGAGCCCCCUCAUCAUCAAGUCCACCCCCAGGAACCUGACCAGGAGCCUGCAGAAGCCCACCACCUACGAAGCCAGCCCUCGGAUCCUGAAGAAGUGGGAGCAGAUCUUCCAGGAACGUCAGGUCAAAAAGACGCUCUCCAAGGCUACCUUGACCACCUCGGUUCCCGAGCCGGGCGAAGAUUUCCCGGCCCCGAACCUCAACAUCCCCAUCAACGGUCCUCUGAACAUUUCCAGCGAUGUCUCCUUGGCGGACCCUCUCCUUCCUCACUCUCUAGCAAAGCUGGACAGUUCUGUAAAUGAUCGGAGAGCCUCAGAGGCUACGGAGCUGACCCCCAGGGUCCUCCCGCUGAGACCCGCCGAGAAACCCCCCCAUUCCAGGGUGUCCGAGCUCCCUGAAGUGAAAUCGGCGCCCCGUCCGGCUGGGUCGUGCCUUCGCUUCGAUGCCAAAGCGAUACCCCGGAAAGUCGUGCGAGUGAACGCGGCCUCGGAGAACGGCACGCUCGGGAAUCCGGCCGAGCGGAAGCCGCGCAGAUACUGGGACGAGAGCGGACUGCGCCAUCUCUCCAACGGCCUCCGUCUCGAGAGGGGACUCGGCGAGGAGACUCCCUCUCUGCGGCGCGGACAGAAGCGGCCAUGCAAAACCAAGCACCUGGACCCCUCGGUCAAGCGGCUGAGGCCGUCGGUGGGCUGUCGCAAGGGCCCUCCGGCGUCCGACCCGCUGAGACGGCAGAGGCGACGGCAGCGGGGCGGGACCGAGCAGAGACUAGAACAGGAGGAGGCCGACCGGCGGCUGGCCGUGCAACUCCAGCGGCAGUUUGAGCGGGAGAUCCGGAUAGCGGAGAGGCCAAAGGGGCGAGCUGAUCAGUAUUUCUUACGGUCCAAGAACGCCACCGGGACAAAGUAAACCCUUUGCAAGCUGUGUGGCUUUUUUCGAGAUUUUUUUUUUGCACCUGUAGACAUCGCUUGUCCGUCUGGCGGAGUUCCGGGAAGCGGGAGUUCACUCCCGUCGGUGCGAGAGCCGGAUGGAGGCCACAGUCUGGAGCCUUCCACCUGCCCCCC